AUAUUUUUAGAGCUGACCGAAGAUCAGGCACCUUAAUUAAGAUUUUUCAGGCAUCAGGUAAAAAGAUGGGCUCUUACUUCGGCUCCUCCUUAUGCGCAGUGGACCUCAACGCUGAUGGCCUCUCCGACCUGCUGGUGGGGGCCCCCAUGUUUUCUGAGAUCAGGGACGAGGGGCAGGUCACCACCUACAUCAACAGAGGAAACGGCGCCCUUGAGGAGCAGCCGGCCCUGACCGGGGAUGGAGCCUACAACGCACACUUUGGCGAGAGCAUUGCCAGCCUGGGCGACCUCGAUGACGACGGGUUCCCAGAUGUGGCCAUUGGUGCACCCAAGGAGGAUGACUUUGCGGGGGCCGUGUACAUCUAUCAUGGCGAUGCCAGUGGGGUCAUCCCUCACUACUCCAUGAAACUGUCUGGGCGGAAGAUAAAUCCAGUUCUGCGGAUGUUUGGCCAGUCCAUAUCCGGGGGCAUUGAUAUGGAUGGGAACGGCUACCCUGAUGUAACUUUCGGAGCCUUCAUGUCGGACAGCGUGGUCCUUCUCAGGGCGAGGCCCGUCAUUACCGUGGACGUCUCCAUCUUCCUUCCGGCCUCCAUCAACAUCACGGCCCCUCAGUGUCAGGACGGGCUGCAGCCGGUGAACUGCCUGAACGUCACUGCCUGCUUCCGCUUCCACGGCAAGCACGUUCCGGGAGAAAUCGGCUUGAAUUAUGUUCUGACGGCUGAUGUGGCCAAGAAGGACAAGGGCCAGCCCCCCAGGGUCUACUUUGUGCUGCUGGGAGAGACCACGGGUCAGGUCACAGAGAAGCUGCAGCUGGUCCACAUGGAGGAGACGUGUCAUCACUACCUGGCCCAUGUCAAGAGGAGAGUGCAGGACGUCAUCAGUCCGAUUGUGUUCGAAGCGGCCUACAGCCUCGGGGAGCAUGUGACCGGAAAGGAGGAGAAGGAGCUGCCUGCCCUGACGCCAGUGCUCCGCUGGAAGAAGGGACAAAAGAUCGCCCAGAAGAAUCAGACCGUUUUUGAAAGGAACUGCCGUUCGGAGGACUGCGCGGCUGACCUGCAGCUCCGGGGGAAACUGCUGCUCUCCAGCACUGAUGAGAAAACCCACUAUUUGGCUCUGGGGGCUGUGAAGAAUAUCUCUUUAAACAUCUCCAUCUCCAACCUCGGGGACGAUGCCUAUGACACCAAUGUGUCCUUCAACGUUUCCCGGGAGCUCUUCUUCAUCAACAUGUGGCAGAAGGAGGAGAUGGGCAUUUCCUGUGAGCUGUUGGAGCCGGACUUCCUCAAAUGCAGCGUGGGAUUUCCUUUCAUGAGGUCAAAGUCAAAGUAUGAAUUCAGCGUCAUCUUUGACACGAGCCACCUGUCUGGAGAAGAGGAGGUUCUUACAUUCAUCAUCACGGCUCAGAGCGGCAACGUGGAGCGCAUCGACUCCCUGCAGGACAACAGCCUGGUGCUGACGGUGCCACUGGUGCACGAAGUGGACACAUCCAUCACCGGAGUCAUGUCUCCAACCUCCUUUGUGUACGGUGAGUCUGUGGACCCCUCCAACUUCAUUCAGCUGGAGGACCUGGAGUGCCAUUUCCAGCCCCUCAACGUCACCCUCCAGGUCUACAACACGGGGCCAAGCACCCUGCCUGCGUCUUCUGUCAGCAUCUCUUUCCCUAACCGGCUGGCCUCUGGGGGUGCAGAGAUGUUUCAUGUGCAGGAGAUGGUGGUGAGCCAAGAGAAAGGAAACUGCUCUUUCCAGAGAAAUCCAACCCCGUGUAUCAUCCCUCAAGAACAAGAAAAUAUCUUCCACACAAUAUUUGCUUUUUUCACAAAGUCCGGGAGAAAAGUCUUGGACUGUGAGAAACCAGGGAUGUCUUGCCUGACAGUGCACUGUAACCUGAGUGCCCUCGCUAAAGAAGAAAGUCGGACAAUAGACGUGUCCAUGCUGCUGAACACAGAAAUACUGAAGAAGGACAGUUCCUCUGUCAUCCAGUUUAUGACCCGAGCCAAGGUGAAGGUGGACCCUGCCCUCAGGGUGGUGGAAAUAGCCAACGGGAACCCGGAAGAGAUGACGGUGGUCUUCGAAGCCUUGCACAACCUGGAGCCACGAGGUUACGUCGUGGGCUGGAUCAUUGCCAUCAGUCUGUUGGUGGGGAUCCUCAUCUUCCUGCUGCUGGCCGUGCUACUGUGGAAGAUGGGCUUCUUUCGCCGGAGGUACAAAGAGAUCAUCGAAGCGGAGAAGAGCCGGAAAGAGAACGAGGACAGUUGGGACUGGGUCCAGAAAAACCAGUGACCUCGCCGCCCCCGUGGCAUGACUCAGCACCCGCCCGUCGGCCUUGGUCUUUGUAUCUUCCAUAUUUGGAAGAGAGAAUCUUCUCCAGAUUUUUCGGAGGCCCCACUGAUGCUGUCCUCUUGCUCCUGAAAUCCCACGCCGGCGCCAGCCCGAGGCCGUCCGCCCGCCCGUCGCCAGGUCACCAGACUGGAGCCACAACCACUUCCUGUCCGAGCAGCACCGCGCACCCUGGACAGCGAGCGCAUGAUGGGGCGCCGAGCAAUAUUUAUGGAAGCAGUGUGCGAGGUCAACCCUCAGGGGAAAGCUGUACCUAAAGUAUUUUUAUAAAUAUAAGCCUUUUAUACUGAUGACGUCUUUAUAUUUGUAUCGAUGUUCUAUGAUUUCUAUUAAACAGUUAUAUAAAUUCACUCAAGCACUGAUCGCUGACCUGAACUCUUGGAAGUACCUGUCCACGCUUCACGAAGUUUAAAAGGAUAGAAGAAGAAAACCCAGACCUUACUGUACUUUGGAACUUGAGAUACGGUGGAGGAACUGCAUGCCGUGAGCCCACCAAGCCGCCAGCAUCUGUAUGAACUGCGGACGUAGCAAGACCCCUAAGACGGCGUGAGUCGUGUGCCUGCACUCAAGCCGGUUGACGCAGGGCACUAGGGAGCCAGCAUUGGGUUUUCACAGUACCCCGCCUGGGAAGACGCCCAGCAGGCAUUUGGGUGGGAAAACCUGGUUCCUCACACAUCUGUUUUGGGACUCCUUUCUGCAGCCAACACCACCCACCUGCCUGCCACUCAUAGUCACUACCCGAAGCUCGGAGCAGCCCCAGCAGGCCACCUGGUAAACCACCGGAUGGCAAUCUUCCCUGGAUGCUAGAGAGUCCAGCAUCGGCCAAGCAGAGCCCUGCAGAGAAUGCCUUUUCAGGGUGACUUGAAGUGAUGGUUGUGUGGGGCUUCGUCAACUGGAUCUCAAUGCGUAGCCACCCCGUGAGACAGAGCAGAGCUGCUACACAGGGUUUCCUCGGCUGUCAUCUUACCGGGAGCCAAGGGCCCAGGCUUUCCUCCCUGGGGUCACUUGGUGGAUUCCAGCCUUUCGGUCAGCAGCCUGGGUGAGAACCUAGUGCUUAACUGUCCCACCCAAACCCACUGUCACCACGUCGAUGCUGACUCAUAGUGACCUUAUGUAGGAUUGCCGAGGCUGUCAAUCUUAACAGGAGCGGAUCACCUCACCUUUCUCCUGUGGAGUGGCUGGUGGAUUUGAACCAUUGGGCUUUCCGUUAGCAGUCUGAUGGUGACUCAGUGGUACCACCAGGGUCCUUAUUUCCAGGCUAGCAUUCUCCGCUGCCCCCUGUCGGGCAUGCUCACCUCGCUCAUGGCAACCAUUCCUUCCUUCCUGGAGACAACCUUAAUUGCUUGUAAGGGUCCGAGGUGGUGUUUCCAAGAAACAAACCCAGAGCUGCCAGUAAGAGAGGGGGUGCCGGGGGGAGCCAGGCAGGGUGCAUUCUCAGGGAAACCCUGCGGAGGAAAGCAGCUGCAGCCUGAUCUCACAGGGCGCUCUGGGGGGAGAUUGUCGCCUCGGAGUUGGGCCGAGCCAAGAAAGGGGAGCUGGGCUUGCUUCUGCUGUGGAGAAGGCUCUCCCUCAGAGCCUGCCAGCAGCACAGCUCCAUUGGUUAGCCCAGUCCCUGAAAGAAGAGCUGCGGGGACACCCCCAACCUGGGGAGGCACACCAAUGGUAUAGUAGAGUGGUGCCGAUGGGCCUGGGCAGAGCACUGACACCCCACCCCCCACUCCUGCCCUCCCCGACCCCUGCUCAGAUUUAUGCUGAAUGAUGGCUUCUCAUGGCCAAGCUCUCUGGGUGGCCCUGCUAACUAGCGCCUGUGCUGGGCUUCCCCAGUCUUGAGUGCCGGGUGACUUUGUAAAAGGGCAGUGGAAUGAUGGAGGUGACAUGCUUAGCCCUGCGCUGGCUCAUGGCGAGCACUCGGUCACUGUCCGCAGCUACAACUGCAGUGACCACCACUGGUGCACAGCCAUCUACUGAGGGAGAAAAUAUCAGUCUUCGAGCCCCAAAGAGGCUCAUGAGAGCCUGCUGGAGCCCCAGGUACCCAGAGAGGCCAUUUCUCGAGACCCGAGAUCAAGGACCAUCAUAGCCUAGGGCAUCCUUCACUAGGAGCUACUCUGCUGGAAGAGGAGCCCUGGCACCAUGGUGGUCACUCAUUGGGUUGCUAACUGAGAAGUCAUCGGUUCAAAACCAUCAGGGGCUCUGUCAGGUUCGCUACUUCUAUACAGAGUGAAAGCCUCAGAAACCCACAGAGGCCGCUCUGCUCUCUCAUCCAGGGUCCCUAGGGAUCUACUUGAAGGCUCUGAGUUUGGUUUGGGGGAUUGGAACCGGCUGGCGGCCUGUGAACGUGGUGGAUCGACUCAGAACUGGGCCUCAGAGGAGACAGGUGAUCCUUGUGCAGCACUGAGGGCACCUGGCAGAAGCAGACCUGGCUGCAGCCCCGUGCUUCGUUGUGAUGCGGUUGGCUUUGAUGCAGGUAGCUAAGGAAUGUGUCCCACUGCCCUGCCUGGUGGCCAUGGGACUGGGCAGCACAAGCCAGAGGCAUGACCUCAGAGUGAAGUUAGGGUGUUCCUUCUCACCAAGAGGGGUGGCACUGAAAAUCCCAAUACAGAGGCAAAAAAAGAAAAGUCAUUCUCAGAUCACAUGCAUUUUAUCAAAAGCAAUAAGAGGGGAGCUCUGGUGUGGGUUCAGUCACUUGCUAAACAAAUUCUAAGGGGCAGCUGCUAUAUGUCAGGCCCAGUCCUGGGGUUAGAAGUUGCCCUCGGGCACCUUUUCCCCUGGGAUAACAGACAGACCACAGUGGCCACCGAGCUGCCCUGGGCUCGAGUUACACCUUUGUUUGAGAGUUUUGAGCUGGGCUCUGUAGGGUCUUUACUGAGCAGGAUCUUCAAGAUCAGGCAACACCCUCUCCCGGUACAGAGUAUAGGGUGCGGGUGUCUUUUGCUCCCUCCACCCCCCACCUUUGCAGCUCUUCUUUGCUGGUCUCCUGUUAAUCCUGUCAUGUUUUCCUGUCGUAAAUUGUUGGGAAUCCGUAGGCCCAGGAAAGCCCCACCAGCAGCCUUGACUAACUGCAUCUAUGGGCACGAACCGGCCCCUGUGGGGUGGGGGCAGGUGCAUCAGAGACCGCAUAGAAAGGUGAUUGGCCGGCCCACCAAGGCAGCCUUGAAAAAAACUGGCUGUACCUGGCACCUCCUAGCACAGAUGGUGGCCACCCAGGAGCCUGCUGGUGAGAAAGAGGGUGCUUCGGAUGGUCUGAUUAUGCUGGGUAGCAUGCGGGGCUACAGGGCCCUGGUGCUGACUCUUUGGUACGGUGAUGCGGAAAGGGACGUCAGGCUUAUCUUUGGCGCUCUCUGCUCGGGCAGCCUCGCCAGCUGUGCCCCAGUUCAGAAGCACUCAGUAAGCAGGCAGGCUAGUAGUGCCCGUAGGUUGGUGUUCUUUCUCACAGGCGCAAUGCGGUCUGUGCUGCCUCUAGAAUAUUCCUGUAAAAUUCCACGCGGUAGUAACCCGACAUUCACCCUCCUGUCCCCGGGGGUGUGCUGGGGAAUCCCACCCGCUCAUGUCGUGGGGGCCGUUGUUGCUGCCUGCCUCUGCUCUUGCCGGUGCGUUCCGUAAGGCUUUAACCGGUGGUCAGAAGACUCGAGAUGCUUUUUCAACAUGCAAAGGCUUGUAGAUGUGGAGUAAAACAAUGCCCUUGGAAAAAAAACACCCCCCAAAUAAACCCAUGAUCCCCUCGUGCUUGGUUUCCACGGCUGUUAAGAGAGUGUGGACUCUUUGCAAAGUGAGGCCGGGACCCUUCCCGAAGAGGGAGCCCUGACGAUUUAGGAACAAGGAGGAGCGGGUUGGGUCCCUUUGCAGCAGUGCGAUUACGGGCACGCCUCCCUGUCACUUGCCACUGAAGUCAGAUUACGGGCACACCUCCCCGUCACUUGCCACUGAAGUCAGAUUACGGGCACGCCUCCCCGUCACUUGCCACUGAAGUCAGAUUACGGGCACGCCUCCCCGUCACUUGCCACUGAAGUCACUGGGUGCUGCCUUGGGCAGUUCUUCAGGAACCGGAAUACCGGGAGUUUGAUGAGCUUUGUAGAAAACCCCACAGGGAGUGCUCCUUUACCCAAUCAGAUGUCCCUUACGGCCCCUGUGCCAGGGGCAGGGGUGUCACUGCCAACCGGCUGGUGAGCAUCUGGGGCCCAUUUUCAAUGUGGAAGGCUAGUCGGCUGCCCCCCAGGUGAUGUGUGUGCCCUUAGCUACCUGUGUCACCCGAGUCCUCUUGUUUCUCCAGUGGAUUCGACUGCCAUUACUUUUGGGCGGCAGCAGGAUGGCCAGGUAAGAGCAGUAACAGCUGAAGUUCCUGAAGAGGACAAAGGUGAAACGUUCACUGAGAGUUAGAGGUGCUACAAACGACGGCUAUGGGGAGAGGGGGCGCUUCAGCAGAGAGAUGGCAGACAGCCAGUGCCUUUCAGAAAUUCUCCAAGUACACGGGGCUGCGGACAAUGUGCUGUCGGAUACACAGAGUAACCUGUUCACAGGACGAUAGUUUUCUGAAACAGAGCACAGUGGAAAGUCUUUGCUCAGCAAAGACCCUACAGGCCAGUGGGGCCGAAAUGAACUUUCUGAGACUGCCUUCUGAGUCAGCACAGGAGAGGGGAGUGGGCAUGGUCCUCACGCGGAGCAAUACUUUGUAGCACACUGAUGGAGAUUUCCAACUUUUAAGAUUUUUUUAAAACCUCACGUGCACGGUGUGACUGACAGUGAGUUUAAAGCUUUCAGAGUGUUUCAUUGCAUGGCAGGCCACCCACGCUCUCUCCACUUCCUGAAUUGUACUGCUGUGUCCAUGUACGGUCCCCGGAAGGGGUUCUGGUGGGAGGACGGCCCCUCCCCACCACUUCACGUGUGUUAAGGUCUAUGCAGCCACUUCUAGUUCACUUGCACUGUUUGGGAAAUGCCAGGUUUACAAAAAUACGUGUUUGGAAUAAAAAAAGGAAAAAAAAAGGCUGCAAAUGA